ACAAUAAACCCUAGUUCCUGGAAUUGUCACUAUGUGAUCGUGACAUCAUAGAAGAGCCCGACAGUUCCGUCUCCUGAUGUUCUGAACAUGUUUCUAACUAAGUCACAUGAUGAAAUUUGGGGAAGAAUUGGGGAAAACUUCCUGCACAACUGAGAUUCAAGCAGCAUUUAUUCUGUCCUCCUUUGUGACCUUCUUUACUGGACUCAUCAUCUUAUUCACGUUCAGGCUAAUCUGGAGAGCUGUGAAAAAAUGGCAAAAAGUCAAGGGAACAGGAAUGAUCUUGGAACUAUUCUCAUUGGAUAGCAUUGGUAGGAACGUUUCAAGAAGCCCCCACUUCCACGGAGUAUUUCGUGAUCAUAUAGAAAUGUUGCUUUCGGCGCAGACCUUUGUCGGGCAGGUGUUGGUGAUCCUUGUCUUUGUACUAAGCAUCGGGUCUCUCAUAAUCUAUUUCAUCAAUUCUGCUGACCCUGUUAGAAGCUGUUCAUCAUACGAAGACAAAACCAUCCCUAUUGAUUUGACUUUCAACGCUUUCUUUAGUUUCUAUUUUGGGUUGAGAUUUCUGGCAGCUGAUGACAAGAUCAAGUUCUGGUUGGAGAGGAAUUCAAUUGUAGACAUCUUUACCAUCCCACCAACCUUUAUUUCUUAUUACUUAAAGAGUAAUUGGCUGGGUUUAAGGUUCCUAAGAGCACUGCGGCUGCUAGAACUCCCUCAAAUCUUGCAAAUUCUACGAGCCAUCAGGACCAGUAAUUCAGUGAAGUUUUCCAAACUGUUAUCGAUCGUUCUCAGUACCUGGUUCACUGCUGCAGGAUUCAUUCACCUGGUGGAAAAUUCUGGUGAUCCUUGGCUCAAAGGUAGAAAUUCACAGAACAUAUCAUAUUUUGAGUCCAUUUACCUGGUCAUGGCAACAACGUCAACCGUUGGCUUUGGAGAUGUGGUAGCCAAGACAUCCCUAGGACGGACCAUCAUCAUGUUCUUCACAGUGGGGAGUUUGGUACUAUUUGCAAAGUAUGUCCCUGAAAUGGUGGAACUUUUUGCUAACAGGAGGAAAUACACCAAUGCCUAUCAAGUAGUCAGAGGGAAGAAGUUCAUUGUGGUAUGUGGAAACAUCACCGCUGACAGUGUGACUGCUUUCCUGAGGAAUUUCCUCCGCCAUAAGUCAGGGGAAAUCAACACCGAGAUUGUUUUCCUGGGAGAGGUCCCUCCUUCCUUGGAACUGGAAACCAUAUUUAAAUGCUACAUGGCCUAUACAACUUUUGUUUCUGGAUCUGCACUGAAGUGGGAGGAUCUGAAGCGAGUUGCGGUGGAAGAUGCAGAAGCAUGCCUGAUCAUAGCCAACCCUCUGUGCAGUGAUUCCCAUGCUGAAGACAUCUCGAACAUUAUGAGGGUGCUCUCUAUUAAGAACUAUUACCCUAAGACCAGAAUCAUCAUACAGAUACUUCAGUCCCAUAACAAGAUUUAUCUGCCAAAGAUUCCCAGCUGGAACUGGAGUACUGGAGACAACAUCAUCUGCUUUGCUGAACUAAAGCUUGGAUUUAUCGCCCAAGGCUGUUUGGUGCCAGGCUUAUGUACCUUUCUAACGUCUCUAUUUGUUGAGCAAAACAAAAAGAUUUUCCCUAAACAGCCCUGGCAAAAGCAUUUCUUGAAUGGCCUGAAGAACAAAAUUCUGACUCAGCGUCUCUCGAAUGACUUUGCUGGAAUGAGUUUUCCUGAAGUAUCCAGGACCUGCUUCGUGAAGAUGAACCUUAUGCUGAUAGCCAUCGAGCACAAAUCCGUCUUUCAAGGAGGUUACUGUGGUCUGAUACUAAAUCCUCCUGCAGAAGUGAAGCUGCACAAGAACACAUUAGGGUUCUUUAUUGCUGAGUCUCCAAAGGAAAUCAAAAGAGCCUUCUUUUACUGUGCCACUUGUCAUAAUGAUGUGUAUACUCCUGAGCUAAUUGCAAAAUGUGGCUGCAAAACCAGGAACCGACUGCACAUCACAGAUUGCUAUUCAAAUGCAGAAGUAAACAUGCUGAACAUCACAGUGGCUCUUGUAGUGAACAGCACAUCCUCCCUGACUGCUCCGGAGGCUCCUCGCCCCCUCUGGUCUGUAACUGUCACCCUCUGUGACCUCUGCAUUGUCAGCCAGUGA